AUGCGAAUGCCACCUACAGCUUCCUCACGAGACCUCUCCGAUCCUGAAUGUACCCCAAGACAUGCAGCUUCUGCCCGCCCUGAACAUGGAAAACACGCCUUUUCGCUGUCAUUCCAAGCUUUGAAGCCUUCUCGUUCGUUUUCGAGACUGACCCCUCGUUCGAUUUCCCAAGGAUCCCAGUCUCCAAGUCUACUCACCAUGGACGUCGACCGUCGUCCGAGACUACGGUCACUUUCCCCACGAUCCUCCAUCUUCACAUCCAGCCUUUUCAGCAUGCUGCUGGUUAUUCUCACAUCCCUUUUGAUACAACCUGCCGCUGCCGUCCUGGUCCCCUUUGACAACUGCCUCGACGAUAGCUACACGAAUAUCAAAUACCAACCGCCCCAGCUACAAUGGAAUGCCCUCUUUGUCGAUGCCCGCUUUGAUACGAAAGACCCAACUCAUAACCUUCGCAUCGUCGUCUGGGGUAAUGUGUCGGGUUCUUAUACAGCAGCACCUGAUGGAGGUGUCCCCCCUUCAAACGAUCCCGCGUGGCACGACGACAGCAAGCCGUACGGCAAAAUUCACGAAAAGCCUGACAUGACGAACCUCACAACUCUUCAAACCAAGGUCAAUGUUCUGAGUUACCAACCUUAUUUCCACAAAAGCGCUUUCUGCAAUGAUAGCCUUGUAAAUGGGUCCUGCCCGUUAGGACCCGUCUUCAAUACCUCCGUGAUUGAGACUCCUUACGGAAACCUACCUUCAAUAAACUUAACUCAGGAUUUCAACUCAUCUUAUGCCUUUUCGUCGCUUGCACCGACAUUUCUAGUCCUGUAUGGCAACAGAGAAGCAACUCAGAUUGGCUGUAUAUCGGCAACCAUCACCCCAGAUCUCGGCAGCUUAGCUGCGCUCUUGCGCUACCUGCCUCUGGUUGUGCUUCUUUUCGUCGGCUUCGCAACCAUGUUCGCUUCAGUAUUCAGUCCCUGGGGUUCGACAGACAUCUUCCACUGGACGACAAACUAUGGACGGGAUGCGGAUUUGCUGCGCUUGGUCACGCCCGGAUUUGGUGACUGUCUGCAAUAUAUCCAGUUCGUCGCUCUCACAGGUGGCUUAUCCAUCAACUAUCCCGGAUUCUACCAACCUGUUGUUAGCCAAGUAGGCUGGUCAGCAUUGAUGUUCAAUGAAAGCUUUGUAAGCAAGUCGCCAGGUUGGCAGUCGGUUCAGGACGGGAUCUACGUAACCAAUGGCACUUAUGGACUCCAUCGGUAUGCGCAGCUGGUAGGCAUGACAGAUGUCGAAGACAUUUGGGCCGGCACCAUGGUUUGGGUGUGCGUUAUUGUUGCCGCUAUUUUUGUUCUAAUUCAGCUCGGCUUUUUCUUCCGCUGGGUGUUCCGACUCAUCAGCAAUACGUCGGAGGAGGAUCUUCGCGCUAAGAACAUUCCCUUCUCAGUUGGAAACGUCGUGCGUGUCGUUUUUAACUAUCUCUUGCUGCCUAUCGUCGCCCUGUCGACUUUUCAACUAGUCGUUGCUGGCCAGUCUCGCGAAUUCGCAGUCGCCCUAGCCGUCAUUACUCUGAUUAUACUGAUAUGUUUCGCCGCCUGGCUUUUGUAUCUGAUUUUCAGGACCAGGCCAAGAGCAGUGUUGUUCGACGACCUUCCAACGGUUCUUCUUUAUGGGCCUCUUUACAACACAUACUCGGACGAGGCCGCCGCUUUUGCUCUUGUACCGGUCAUUCUUACUUUCAUUCGAGGUAUCGCCGUUGGGGCCGUGCAACCGGCUGGCAUUGCGCAAAUUGUCAUUCUCGCUAUUUGUGAGGUAAUCCAUGUUUUGACUCUACACGCGUUCCGGCCUUUUCAGUCUCCAACGUCAAUGAAUGCCUACCAUACCCUCUUCUCUGUUCUCCGAUUCGCAACUGUUAUGCUCAUGGUUGCGUUCGUGCCUCAGAUGGGGGUUACAGAGGGCCCCAAGGGCUGGAUCGGUUAUACCAUCUUACUCAUCCAUGCUUGCGUGUUGGUGCUUGGCUUUUUCCUAAAUGCCAUACAGACGAUUAUCGAGGUCACUGCGCGGCUCUUUGGUGCUGGAGGCGACGACACCCGUGGCCUCACCCGCGGUGGCUUGUCCAAGAUUUUUGGAAUGCGUCAGCUGCAGCGACGUACUUCUCGACGCCAGAACGGCCCUUCGCGAGCGAGCCAGUUGUCAACCACGGGUAUGCUUGACGCAGAAGAAGCAUCAAAAACUGGUUAUGUGAUGAGAGGCGGAAGAUUAAGGAGUGAGUCGGCAGGCAGCGGAUUCCUCCUCAGAAGUCAGCACCGAAGCUCUUCUGCCCUUGACAGCAUUGAUCCCUACACCGGACAUGCUCGCAACCUUGACAGCGGCAGCAAUUUCACUCCGACGACUCCCGGUGAAGUCAGCACCUUUUCAUUUCUACCAUCACCUGCGGCAGCAACCAGACCACCAGCAGCAGUCACCGUCGAAUCUGCUGAUCCGUACUAUCGCCCUCCGCGCCGCCGCGGGGAUACCAUCAACGGCUCAUCCACGUCUCUAAACAGGGCCUCUGUUGCAGAUUCACGUCGUUACAGCCAGGCGGGCGCACACUUGGAUGCUGCAGAUUUGGAGGCGCAGUUGUCAAGGGGGCCUACCCCUGCCCCUCAGGCCAUCAAUUUAGCGCCCAGAGCUGAUUACUCGACCAGAGAGGUGGACUUUUACUAUGGUGUCAGAGGCCCCGCUCUGAACUCGGAGGGCGUUGGCCGCAAGCUUGGAACUGGCCCUGCUGAUCCUACUGGUCCCAUGUCCUCUGCUGCUGGAUGGUUCCGUAACUUCUUUGGUGGCAAGACCAAGGAGAAGGGUAAAGGGUUCGAAGUUGUGCGAAGUUCAAGGAUGCCGCCAGCCAUGCGUGCGGCGGCCGAUGCGGAGUAUGUUGCGGAGCCCCCACCGGAGGGAAUCCCCGUGGCAAUGGGUGUUUUGAGGAAUGGGCCAAUAGAGUCUGAUGACGACGAGCCAAAGAACAAGACGACACGAAAUCCUGCGGAUAAUGGGGAAGAAAAUGAUAACACUGACAAUCUGCUCAACGAUGACGGAGUGUCGGUUGUGUCCUCUGACUCAGAGAUCGAAACAGUUAGCAUUCCGAAAGUAUCAGACGCACCGCCCACCCUCCCCGGAAUUGCGAGCCCGGGAAGCUUUAAACUGCCGAGUCGAGUGGCGUCAACCGCAAGCCGGCAACCAUCUCAGAGACAUCGACGGCAAUCUACAGAGUCGGAUAUCCCUGAGAUUCCUCGAAAGAGCUCGAAGAGGGACUCGUGCAUGGCUCGUGGCCACUCGCCUACUCCUUCGUUUAACUUGAUACCGCCGACAUCACCGACAGGACCUCUUUCUGGCCUGCCUAGUGGUGAGGCAGCGGCAACGCCAGGCCGCCUCCCUUUCGAGCGGUCAGAAUCUCACCGAAAACGUCUAUCAUCUAACGGAUCCUCAAUGGAAGACUUUAACAUUCGCAGGACGCCAAGCACCGAGCGACCAACUAGCUAUGGAGUUGUUGCACAGCACAGCAUCAGCAGAGUGGAUCCCGGUUCAGAUCAACAGGUUGAUUUGCUUGGUACUUCGGCCGAGCUUGUCGAUGAACGAAGUCCUCCAAGCAGAAGUUCCUCAACGCAAGGCCGGGCUCUUUGA